AUGGUUAUGGAGGACGUUGAAGAAAGAGCCUUAACGUCCUUCCCUAAUAGCCCCAGAAUUUGGGAACGGUAUGUUGACGAUACCUUCAACAUUAUCAAAGAAGAAUUCUGCGAUGCGUUUCAUGACCACCUAAACACGAUUGAACCCAGUAUACAAUUUACUAUAGAAAAAGAACUGAAUAGGACUAUCGCCUUCUUAGAUGUACAAAUACAUAAAGAGGAAUAUGGAAAAUUAACGACCGAUAUAUUUAGGAAAAAGACACAUACAAAUCGUUAUCUGAAUUUUAAUUCUAAUCACCCGGUAGGACAUAAACGUUCCGUUAUUAGUAGCCUUAUUAAUCGCGCCAAAUCUCUAAUAUCCGAUGAAAGAAAACAAAAGCUGGAAAUAAACUUCAUUAAAAAGACCCUAAGACAAAAUGGAUACCCAAAGAAAAUGUUUAGUAAUCAGAACAACCGUCAAGAUACGAAAGAAGAACUGAAACCGAUCACGUCAACUCCAUAUGUUAAAGGACUCGGCGAGAAAAUUCGAAGAAUUUUAGAAGAUGUAAGGAUUAAAGUUAGUUUUAAACCCCAAAACACAAUUGGCCAACUACUUUCUAAUGUCAAAGACCGCCCAUGCCCCAACAAGAAAAACGGCGUGGUAUAUGCAAUCCCAUGCGUUGAUUGUUGCUCUAUUCACAUUGGAGAAACGAAACGAAGUUUAGAAACUGGAAGAAAAGAACAUCAGCGUGAUGUAAAACAAAAGAAAUUUGAAAAAUCGGCCCUUUCGAAACAUGCCCUUUCUACUGAUCACAGCAUUGAUUGGGAUAACAGCAGGAUAUUGGAACAUGAAAUUCACUACAGAAAAAGGCUAUUAAAGAUACUGCAUUGUUCCCGCAUGUAUAUAAAUCAUUGUUUAGAUAGUCGCGUAAUUGUUUGA